GCCGGGACAGCUCUGCUGGCCGCGCCGCAUCCCGGCGCCCUGUGUUGUCGCCUGUCCAGCCCGCUAUCCUGCAGCGCGGUCGCGGGACGCGCCCAUGCGUCCGCCAACCAUGUCUGGGCACUUUCUGCUGGCUCCCAUUCCCGAGUCCUCCUCCGACUACCUCCUGCCCAAGGACAUCAAACUGGCGGUGCUAGGCGCGGGUCGUGUAGGCAAAAGCGCCAUGAUUGUGCGCUUCUUAACGAAGAGAUUCAUCGGCGACUACGAACCCAACACAGGCAAACUGUAUUCGAGACUCGUUUAUGUGGAGGGGGAUCAGCUAUCCCUGCAGAUCCAGGACACUCCGGGAGGCAUCCAGGCCCAAGACAACCCCAGCCCAACAGUGGAUUCUCUGUCCAAGUGCGUGCAGUGGGCCGAGGGCUUUCUGCUGGUCUAUUCCAUAACAGACUAUGAGAGCUACCAGUCCAUUCGGCCCCUUUACCAGCAGAUCCGGAAGGUCCACCCUGAUGGAAAAGCCCCUGUCGUCAUCGUGGGCAACAAAGGAGACCUUCUGCAUGCCCGGCAGGUGCAGACACACGACGGUCUUCAGCUAGCCAAUGAGCUGGGCAGUCUUUUCCUUGAAAUUUCCACUAGUGAAAACUAUGAAGACGUCUGUGACGUGUUCCAACAUCUCUGCAAAGAAGUGAGCAAGCUGCACAGUCUCAGUGGGGAGCGGAGGAGGGCUUCCAUCAUCCCCCGGCCUCGCUCCCCCAACAUGCAGGACCUGAAGAGGCGCUUCAGGCAGGCCCUGUCCUCCAAAGUAAAAGCCCCCUCCGCCCUGGGGUGACCCAUCUCAGACAGACUGGUGACUUUUAUUACUAUUAUUAUUACGCAUUUGUGCAGCCACAAAGACUGGGCCUUUCCCCUUUAAAACAUAUUGAGAGUUUAUUUUUAUAAUGACUUUAUUGGCUUUCAAGUG